CCUCCUCCGCCCCGUGCUCCUCCUCCCCCCUCCCGGCCGUUAUUGGCUCGCUGUCGUCACAGGCGCGUGCGCGGCGGCCAUUGGCGGCGUCUGAGGGGAAACGAUGGCGCUGCUGGUGCGUGACCCGCUGGAUUCCCGGGCGCGGCUCCUGCCGCUCCCCUCCGGCGGCGACGGCUCGGUGCGCGGCCUUCUCCGCGAUCGCGCCCGGGCGCUGAAUAUUCCUGAAGAGAGUUUGUACGUGAAAUGUAAUGGACGACUGGUUAAUGAUGAAGAUGUAUUGCAGAAUGGAGCUGUUUAUAGUCUGGAACCAAGACUUUGUGGUGGAAAAGGAGGGUUUGGCUCUAUGCUGCGAGCACUUGGUGCUCAGAUUGAAAAGACGACAAACAGAGAGGCUUGCCGAGAUCUCAGUGGAAGGAGACUUCGAGAUGUCAAUCAUGAAAAAGCGAUGGCUGAAUGGGUGAAGCAGCAAGCAGAACGGGAAGCAGAAAAAGAGCAGAGGCGCUUGGAAAGGCUGCAGCGGAAACUUGCGGAGCCAAAGCACAGUUUCACAAAUCCAGACUACCUGCAGCAGUGUCAUGAAAUGGCUGAGCGACUAGAAGAUUCAGUCCUUAAAGGAUUGCAGGCUACUUCAAGCAAAAUAGUGUCACCAGAAAGUGGCGAUAGUCGGAAGCGUCCAGGUGAAUCUGGAAAGAAUGGAACGAAACCUCGAAAAAGAAAGUGCUUUUGGCUGGGACUUGAAGGAUUGGAUGAUCGUGACAGUUCUGAUUGUGAGGAUGACAGUGAAGAUGACUCCCCUCAUACAUCUGAUGGAAGUUGUCCAUCAGGCAGCAAAUCUAAUGAAAAUGCUGGAAAUCCAAAUGAAUGCUCAAGUAGCUCUGUGGAUUCUGUAGAGGAUGGUCCAGCUACCAGUGCAAAUGAGAAACCACCAGAGCAGCCAGAAGGUACUGGAAGAAAUGUGCAAGGAGAAACACAUGCAGGUGGGCAAACUGAAAUUUCAGCUGAUGAAAACAGUGAAGUGACAAAGCCUUUGAAGGAAGAGGCCCAAGGAAAGAGUGAGGUAACCCAGGCUCUGAAAGAAGAGGAACAAGGAAAUGUUUCUUCUAAAGCACAAGAAACAAACCAGUUACAGAGCACAGAGGUGGAACCAAUAGACCUGCUGGCAUUCAACUCUGCUGCUGAAAUGGAAGCCCUGGGUUUAGACAGACUGAAGAUGGAAUUGAUGUCAUUAGGACUGAAAUGUGGAGGAACUUUGAAGGAAAGAGCAGCAAGGCUUUUUUCAGUGAGAGGUCUAUCUAAAGACCAGAUUGAUUCUGCCUUAUUUGCUAAGCCUGCUAAAGGAAAAAAAAAGUGACAUUUUAAACACAAUUUUUUAAUGUUUCAAUUUUUCUUAUUCUGUUGUUAUCCUGUACAGCCACAUAGAGUUCUUUGGCAUCUCUGGAUGGUCUCUUGUUUCUGUUCUUAAGGAAGUUUGAUUAACGUAGCACGGAGUAAGUCACUAGAUAGCAAGUUAGUUACGUAUUCAAUAUUAAAGGAAUGAAACUGCUAUCUUUUGAUAAACUUUACAAAUAGCUAUAACUUUUGAUACAAUGGGUAGAAGAAACUUCCUGUUUAUGAAAAGAAAUAGCCUGAAUGUUUUCUGGAAAACGGUUGUGACACUGUCAUGUUUUUUAAGAAAAAUAGCAAUCCUUUCUCAGUUUUAUGUUGAAUCUCCUUAAGUGUGUGUUCCAGUUAGCACAGUUACAACUGUCAAAUGAGAAACACUGAAUUAUGAUCCAGGCUUAAAAGCUAAAGUACUUUUAUAUAAAAACAAGAUUUUUAUAUGUGUAUGGUCAGCAUAAUUAAAUACACUCUUCUGUGAGUUUCUGUGAGAUGUCAAGUGUCAGUACAAUAUAAAUUAUGAAUGUGUGUAAGUAUUUUUUUAGAAGAAAUUAAAUAGUGGUAUUUACUUACUUGGCUCUCAAAUUAUCUGAGGGAAAAGACAGAUCAAAUCUUUAAGAAAUUAAGAAUGAAGUAUGCUUGCUGGUUCCUGAAGGCUAGUAAGAUACAGAGUGGUCAUCUGAAGCUGAAUGGGAAACUUAGGAUUUUUUUUUGUGUUUUUUUGUGUGGUUUUUUUUGUGUUUUUUUUUUUUUUUUUUUGUGUGUGUUUUUUUUUUGUUUGUGUUUUUUCUUUUUUUCCAUGGUAAAAGUAAUGGGAUUGUCUCCCAAUGACUUUAAAUAUCUGCAGUGCUGGUCCUUUAUCCUAGCACAGUGUUUGUAGCUUCUGUGCCAGGUGUUACCCUGUGGGGUGCUGAGGGCACCUUGCUGGAAGGGCAGCCUGUUUGCGUGACCGCAGGCGCAGCUGCCACGUCUCUGGUCUGAGAGGCUUUUAAAAAGUGUGUUGGACUUCAGAUUUUACCACUGUAUGCUGGAGAAUAUUAUGUUUAUGGUCUGCUUAUCAUUUUUUCUUGGAGAGAUGCUUGAAAAAUUAAAAAUCACGUCUCCUGUUC